AGGAAGUAGAAAGCAGAGAGAGAAAGCAGACUUUACGUAAGACCAAGGCUUCAGACAUUUAAAAAGACGCUCGAAACGAUUAAUUCAGUAAAAUCCAUUUUCAUUACGAAAAGUAAACCAGGAGCAGGAUGGCUGCGGACUGGCUGGGAAGCCUGGUUUCUAUCAACUGCGGGGAGACACUAGGAGUGUACCAGGGGAAGGUGUCGUCUGUGGAUCAGGAUAGCCAGACCAUCUCUCUGAGACAGCCCUUUCACAACGGGAUGAAGUGCCCUGUGCCAGAAGUCACGUUCAGUGCCAUGGACAUCAAGGAGCUGAAGAUCCUGGAGAUCCCUGGUGGUGGAGCCCCAGCUGGGCAGACAGACUCUGGCUCCACUGCCCACAAUGGGAGGAGCACCAAAGGGCCUGACAGUACCCCCAGUAGUGCCCCCAUGGCUGUGCCUCGCAAAGGUGAGCUGAGAGCACAAGAGGGGCUCCACUCUCCACAGCAGUGUUCAAAAAGCUACGGGGAUCACCACCUAGAGGCACUUGGCCUGGCCAAAGGCUUUCGCCGGCGGCACAACUCCUGGUCGUCAAGCAGCCGGGGCAACAACCAGGCGACCCCCAAGAAGAACGGCAUGAAGAACGGAGGGGGGCUGAAGAACAAGGACGAUGAGUGCUUCGGGGACCCUCUGGAUGAGGUCCUGGACACAGACUUUGAUUUUGAAGGGAACCUGGCACUGUUUGACAAGGCGGCUGUCUUCUCUGAGAUUGAGACCUCUGUGAAGCGUAGCGGAGCUCGGUCUCGCGGCACACCCAGUGAGCGCACCCCCGCCCGCUACCGACACGACGAGAACAUCCUGGAGGCAGAGCCCAUCGUCUAUAGGCAGAUCAUGGUGCCGCAGAGCGGGGGCAAAGAGUACUGCACUGAUGCUGGCCUGGUGGUUCCCAGUAUCUCCUAUGAGCUACAUAAGAAGCUGCUGUGUGUGGCGGAGCGGCACGGGCUCACGCUGGAGCGGAGGCUGGAGAUGGCGGGUGUGUGCGCCAGUCAGAUGGCUCUGACCCUGCUGGGGGGCCCCAACCGGCUCACCCCUAAGAAUGUGCACCAGCGCCCUACGGUGGCCUUGCUGUGCGGCCCCCAUGUGCGGGGUGCUCAGGGCAUCAGCUGCGGACGCCACCUCGCCAACCACGAGGUCCAUGUCAUCCUCUUCCUGCCCAACUUCGUCAAGAUGCUGGAGUCCAUCACCAAUGAGCUGACGCUUUUCAGCAAGACUGGUGGCAAGCAGGUCUCCAGUGUGAAAGAUUUGCCAGAUAGCCCAGUGGACCUGGUGAUAAACUGCCUGGACUGCCACGAGAACGCCUUCCUCCGUGACCAGGCGUGGUAUCGGGCGGCUGUGGACUGGGCCAAUCGGAACCGUGCGCCAGUUUUGAGCAUCGACCCGCCAGUGAGCACACAAGAGCAGGCCGUGGAUGCCAAGUGGUCCUUGUGUCUUGGCCUGCCCCUGCCGCUGGCCGAGAACGCGGGCCGCGUCUACCUUUGUGACAUCGGCAUCCCUCGCCACAUCUUUCAGGAGGUCGGCAUCAACUAUCACUCCCCCUUCGGCUGCAAGUUCAGCAUCCCCCUACACUCGACCUAGCACUGCCCUAGCCUUCCUCAGGCCUCUGCUUUCCAACGGGACAGCGGCCAGAUUAAACGGCCUUCAAAACAACCAGAAAGAAAGAGCGUUGAAACGGUCUCCGUGGUCUCUGCCAUGUUUAGAUGGAGAUUAAGUAAAGGGUUUUGUUGGAGCCGUUCACUCAAGAUUAUAGCCCUGUUAAUGUGUGCCGUCAAACAGAGCACGGACGAAAAUGAAUUGCAUUUAUAGAAAGACUAUUAAGCUGUUUACUGUGCAUUAAUGCAGCAAACUCUAGUUACAGUUGUUACUGUUGUGAAGGCAUGACUGAGGCAGACGAUUAGAAAGGACUACUUGCUCUCAAGUUAAAAUGGACACAUACACACACACACACACACAUAUAUACUCACACACAUUUUUUGUUGUUUUUUUGUCAAAGUGAAAUUAUGCUAUGGACAGGUUAGAGAAGAAGUUGGAAUUUGAAUAGGUUGAAAAACAAAUAACAAAAUUAUUGUUUUAGUGCACUGGAAACUGCAUUCCAUCUACCCUACACAGCGCCGGUGUCUUCAACUGAUUUUGGCAUGGCAUAUUUUCUAUUUAUAGGUACUGUGAAAUGUUUGUCAGAACAAGAAGCCUAAACAGCAAAGAAUAGGAAGACUUCAAAUCAGCAAAUUAAGUAAUGCGCUUAACAUUUCAAUCACUGCAAUUGCUGAAUGAAAAAGAUUUCACAUUAUAGGAAAAAUACUUGCCAACCUGUCACAGCAAGAUCCCCAGUAAACCCGCCCCUCAGGGUGUUUUGUAUUUAAUAUUCAAAGUGGUCUUCAACCUUGAAAUUGGGCAGUGUUAUAAGCGAGUGUGCUGGAACACUGGGCAGUGUUAUAAGCGAGUGUUGUUCUGAUUCUUGAUGCUCACAUUCAGAAUAUGGGGAGUGAGGGAGCGACACUAUGGCCUACUGAAAGGUUCCUGGCUUUGCUGUUUUAUAGCUGUCCUUGGUAGGACAGGAACAUUUUGUGGUACCUUUUAUAAGCAAAACAGUUUCUGCUUUCUUUAGGAACUAGCGUUGAGAGGUUUAAAGACUCUAAAUUUCCUCUGAUACAGCCUGACUUCAUUUGUGUGAUAUGUAAGAGCACCGAUGACAGGCUUGUUUUUAUGCUGACUCGUGUGAUGUCGUGGCACAUAGAUCAUAUUAAUCUUUUAAGUGCUGCUCCUUGUACAGUCUGCAUUUUUUUUCUUCCAUACCCAGAUUAAUACUGUGUAAUGUACAGUGAUUCAAUAAUACAGUUUGUUUCAUUUCUUCGAAGCACAUUGAUAUAAGGAUAGUGCAGUAUGAGUUCCCGGGCAUUACACAUGCUGCCAAAGCUCCAUUUAAUAACAUAACUCAAAGCAAUAAAAGCAACGCUAUGUUCUCCUGCAUAGUAGGAUGUCUGUUCAUUGCAUUGCUGGUACACAUUUGUUAUGCUAAUGGAAACAAUGAACAAAAUGACACGAUUAUUACCAAUUGAAGAUAAUGAUAUGACCAGUGUCAAUUGAGAAAGUACAUCCAGCACCCUCUUUGAUAUGGAAUGUCCUUAAAAUAAACAGGCGCUACAGCAGUGGUUUCAAGAAACUCAAUGUAUUUAACAUAAUCCUGAUUUUAGUUUUUAUAUUUGUAUUCACUUACUCGUGUCAUAAAUCAUGAUCCCUCAAGGAUGGUGCUGUGAUUGGAAUACAGUGAGUUGAGUGUUGUGGUAACAUGAACUCAUUGCCUAAGACGAACCCUCUUUUUCCAGAGUGAAAAUCGAGAAAUCUGCUGGAUUUUGUUCCACAGAUUUGAUAAAUAUCAAAACAAACAAUUGCAGAGAUCCAGACAAAACUGGAUGGAGCAAAGGUAGAAUAAUCUGUUUCAUGUAAAUGCUGACGGGUGUUCUGUGACCCUUCAAAUUGUAACUGCUGCCUGCCUACCUGGGUCCCCUAUUGCAUCAGCGUAAUGGGUGUCUAGUAAAUUGACUUGAGCUUUAACUUAGUAAAGAGAAUGCACAUUCACGCACAACGGACCACAAGGCUUCUGCGGGGUCAUGUCCUGUGCACUAACUGGGAUAGCCUCUCCAUCACAGUAUAAAACACGAAACUAAUGGAGAUCCCCAAACUAUUUUAAAAGCAGCCUGUAAGUGGACUUUCCUGGGAUUUGGUCUUUUUUUCUUGCUUUUGAAAAGGGGGACAGACAGACAAUCCAAGCGGCCAUACAUUGGGACUGCACUGGCCCAUCAGUUUCUUUAGCCCCCAGUGUCACAGCAAAAGAACAGGUGAGAGGGAAGCCCUGCAGUCGAACUUUCUGUGUUGUGCCCUGCUGGUUACAACUCUCAAGCAAAGCACCAAGGAGGCUCUUCUGAUUACCCUUGGACAGUGUUACUGGGCCAGCAAGGCCCCAAUCAGACAGGGCACCGAGAGACUGAUCCUACAUUUCCAUCUGCACCACAGAAACGGCUGUUGGAUCAAACAGGAUUUCAGAUGUCUUUCAAAUCAGUCCAGAUGGCAGAUUAAAAUGUAGCAUGAAAAGGCCAAUUAAGUUGUUUUGGGGUUUGGCGGUCAUGAUUCAGUAAUGUCAGUACACAGCCAAAAUCGCCUUUAUUCCACAGUGGAUUAAAGUGUCAUAUUUCAGGGGCAUGUGCUAAUAUCUGCACCCCCUAUGGAGGUAUAAAAAAAAAAAAAAAAAAAAAACUGGAUCCAGACCAUUUCCAUUACAUAGGAGGUAGUGCUAAUGGGACAAAUCUCGAUUUUUUUUUUCAUGACGUUCAAUUUAAGGCCACAGUGGUCAUGUCACUGUUUAUCAAAAGUGAUUACAUUUUGUUAUUGUAAUCCAUUUGAAGAAAAAUAAAUAUUUCAAUGAUUA